GCUAUUUCCACUCCACGUCCUCGGUCCCAUCGACACAUCGAUCGUCCAGACACGAAAACUCCAACACGACAAUCCCACGGUCGCCUCGCAUCGCCAUCUCCUUAUAAGACUCGCGGCCUCGCAAGCCACAAAAUUACCUCUCCACAUCACCCCCCACCCCUCCCUGCACGCCCGCGACCACCGCCGACCCUUCUCCGGAGAUGUUGAAGUUGUCGUGUAAUGCCGCGGACCAGAUUCAAGCCCUCGCCCAAUGCAGAUUCCUCGACCCAUCGAAGCCCGGGCUCCUCCCGUCCAGGCGGAGAGCCGCCGCCGCCGCCGUCGUCUCUUGCUCCCCGGCUGGUAAAGCUCCGACUUUGGCGGUGGUCUCGGACGGGCCGGCCCGGGUCGAGCCCGGGCCGGGCAGCUUGGCCGACCGCCUCAGGUUGGGCAGCUUGACCGAGGACGGGCUGUCGUACAAGGAGAGGUUCAUAGUGAGGUGCUACGAGGUGGGGAUGAACAAGACGGCCACCGUCGAGACCAUCGCUAAUCUGUUGCAGGAGGUUGGGGGUAAUCAUGCUCAGAGUGUUGGAUUUUCGACUGAUGGAUUUGCGACGACCCCUACUAUGCGGAAGCUGAAUCUCAUAUGGGUAACUGCCCGCAUGCAUAUUGAAAUAUACAAAUAUCCGACUUGGAGUGAUGUGGUGGAAAUAGAGACGUGGUGUCAAGGAGAAGGCAGGAUCGGAACUAGACGAGACUGGAUAAUCAAGGACUAUGCAACUGGUCAAGUUACUGGAAGAGCUACAAGCAAGUGGGUCAUGAUGAAUCAAGAAACUAGGAGACUUCAGAAAGUAGACGAUGAUGUUCGUGAUGAGUAUCUAAUUUUCUGUCCACGAGAAUCAAGAUUAGCGUUCCCAGAGAAGAACAAUGGCAGCUUGAAAAAAAUAGCUAAGUUGGAAGACUCUGCUCAGUAUUCGAGGCUGGGGCUUGUUCCUAGACGAGCUGAUCUGGACAUGAACCAACAUGUCAACAACGUCACCUACAUUGGAUGGGUUCUAGAGAGCAUGCCUCAAGAAAUUAUCGACUCCUACGAACUGCAAAUGAUCACACUGGAUUACAGGCGUGAGUGUCAGCACGAUGAUGUUGUCGAUUCGCUCAGCAGUCAUGAACCAGACGAGAACUCGGAGGACAUCUCGCAGCUCAAAGGAACCAAUGGAUCGGCUGCAUCUCCGGCGGCGGAAGAUUAUUGCCAGUUUCUCCACUUACUCAGGUUGUCUGGUGAUGGCCUAGAAAUAAACCGUGGUCGCACCCAGUGGAGAAAGAAGCCUAUCAGGAUGUGUCAAUCCCGGCCGAAUUGGAGGAAAAGAAGAGGGUCUGCAAGGCGCACACAUCCGGGCGUCUUCAAGACGCAGACUUCCGGGACCGUCGAUGUGACGGAUCUUUAUUAGAAACAACAUCGGCUACAAAAACUAUUUUCACAAAAAAUGUUUGGUUGGUGACAAAUAGACAUUUUACCCAAGAUCUGGGUAUUUUUUCCAAUUUACCACCAUAGCAGUCCAACAAUUCCCAUCGAAAUAACGCUUCUCAGUUUUUUUAACUCAGUGAAAAUAGCAUGCUGAAUUCUUGACGAA